AUGGCGAAGGACACAUACUUGAAGAAAGUCCUCGGAGAGGAUCGCUACGAGCGAUUAAGGGACACUAGAGUUUUGAUGGUUGGCGCUGGUGGAAUAGGGUGCGAGCUUAUCAAAGAUAUAAUUCUUACUGGAUAUGGUGAAAUUCAUAUUGUUGACUUAGAUACUAUCACAUUAUCAAAUUUAAAUAGACAGUUUCUAUUCCGUCAAAAAGAUAUUGAUAAAUCUAAGUCGGGAACAGUCGUGAAGGCAGUACAGUCGUUUAAUUACUUUAACGCUAAACUUGUUCCUCACCAUGGUAAUAUAAUGAAUACUGAACAAUUCCCUGUGACAUGGUGGAGACAGUUCGAUUAUGUAUUUAAUGCGUUAGAUAAUCUUGAGGCUAGAAGAUAUGUUAAUAAGAUGUGCCUCUUUCUGAAGUUGCCUCUUAUGGAAAGUGGUACUACUGGAUACGAUGGCCAGGUUCAACCUAUUUUGCCCUAUGCCAGCGAAUGCUUUGAGUGUCAAGCCAAAGCAACACCUAAAACAUUUCCAGUCUGCACCAUCCGUUCUACUCCAUCGAAACCUAUACAUUGCAUUACAUGGGCAAAAGAAUUUCUAAUUCAUCAGUUAUUUGAUGAGUCAGUGUCUGAGUUUGAUCUGAAAGAUUUGGAAAACGAAACGGACGAUAAAAAGGAAAUAGAGAAUAUGCUCAAGGAGUCCAAUGAGUUGGGUGAUUUGCGAAAAUCUAUCCGUGAGUCUAACUCAUUGAGCUUUGUGGAUAGCUUAAUAACAAAAAUAUUCGAAGUUGAUAUCGAAAGAUUGUUAUUAAUUGACUCAUUGUGGAAGUCAAGAGUGAAACCAAUACCUUUAGACUAUGGCAAGUACAAAGAAGAAUUGCAUUCGAUGUUAGAGGAUCUGAAUUAUAAGUCCAUUUUAUCUAAUGAAACUAAGGUGUGGUCUGUAUUGGAGAACUUAUACGUGUUACUGGCUUCUGCUGUUGCCAUGCAAAAGAGGCUCUUGUCUGGAAAGGAGGGAUUUAUCACUUUUGAUAAGGAUGAUGAAGACACGUUAAAUUUUCUUUCUGCGGCAUCAAAUUUAAGAUCUUAUUCCUUUAGCAUUGAGGCGAAGACAAAAUUUGACAUCAAGCAGAUCGCUGGCAACAUUAUUCCUGCCAUCGCAACAACAAAUGCGAUUAUCUCAGGGUUUUCUAGCUUGGGUAGUCUCACUUAUUUUGAUCGUCCUCACCCAGCUCCUAAAGACUUCUCUGAAGUUAUGAGGCACUCUUCUACAGUCUUCAUUAGUAUUCGCCCAAAUAAAUAUAUUACUUCGGCUUCUGUCGUUGGGCCUAGUCCGACUUGUGCAACGUGCUCCUUGUUAUCUCGUGGUUUUCUCGAAAUCACAAGCCACCAGUUGAAACUGAAUACUUUGCAAGACUUGGUUGAUAAUAUUGUCAAGAAAUAUGAUUACGAAGAGCUAUCGAUAGUGUUAGGUAAAUCUAAUUUGAUAUACGAUCCUGACUUUGAAGAUAAUUUAGAUCGACAUCUUAACGAAAUAAAAGGAUUUCAGGAUGGAGAAAUUCUUUUGAUCCAGGAUGAAAAUGAUGAUCUUGAAAGUUUAGAGCUCUAUAUUACAGAAGCGAAAUCCCAGGUGAAAGACUAUUUACCAGAUGUUAAAAUCAGGCCGAAAACCGGAGUUUUGUCAGAACGUUCCACCUCGCCUGAUUACGACAACAAUACCUUCGUGGGAUCAGACACCAUUGUCGUUGACAGUGAUAACAAUGAAGAUGGCUUGAUAGAGUUAGAAGAGCCAUCUCUGAAGAAACGGAAACUUAAUUAA